AUGCGAUUAGAUCGUCAGUGGAUGUAUAUCAGGCGUAAGGAGGAUGGUUAUAUUUCUACGGAAUUUAUUAAGGGUGUUGAGAAGUUUGUUAAUUUUGCUAAGAGUCAACCAGAGUGGAUGGAUGGGAAUAAGAUUAAAUGUCCUUGUAAUCAACCAAAGUGUAGGAACACGGCUUUUCGUGACCAGGAAACCGUGACAAGUCACUUGCUCACCAAAGGUUUCGUACCGGGGUAUUACGAGUGGACACUUCAUGGGGAAGUUAUUGCUACGGUAGAUUCGGUCGAUAUGUCUUACUCAGCAUCAACGCUUGAAGCAGAGCCAACCAACUUAUUUGAGACUAUGGUAAUGGAUGCUGCCGGGCCUGAUUUCAAUCUGAAUAUGGAGGAGGAACCUCCAAAUCCGGAAGCUCAAGCAUUCUAUGACAUGCUUAGUGCUGCAAAAAAAGAGUUAUAUCCUGGUUGUCGAAAGCAUACGCAGUUGUCGCUUGUUGCUAGAUUACUUAGCUUUAAGUCAGAGCACCAUCUAUCUGAGAGGGGAUUUAAUCAACUUUGUGAAUUACUUAAGGAGGUUCUUCCUGAACCUAAUACGGUUAUUGAUAAUUUUUACAGUACUAAAAAACUGGUUCGAGGGUUGGGCCUUCCUGUUGAGAAAAUUGAUUGUUGUAGAAACAACUGUAUGAUUUUUUGGGGUGAUGACAGUGAUUUAACAGUCUGCAAGUUUUGUCAUGAGAAUCGGUACAAGCAAGUUCAGCAAGCUGACAGUAGCAAACGACAAAAAACUUGUGUUCCUCAUAAGAAGAUGCAUUAUUUUCCUUUAACGCCUCGGCUUCUGAGAUUGUAUGCAUCCAAUUCAACAGCAGCAGAAAUGAGGUGGCAUGCUGAUCAUGUGGUCGAAGAUGGCGUCAUGUGUCAUCCAUCGGAUUCCCCUGCGUGGAUUCAUUUUAAUGAGACUCAUAGGGAAUUUGCUGCCGAGAAAAGGAAUGUCAGACUUGGUCUUUGUACUGAUGGGUUUCAGCCGUUUGGUCAAUCUGGGAAGCAAUAUUCUUGUUGGCCUGUCAUUGUCACAGUGUAUAAUUUACCACCUUGGAUGUGUAUGAAGGAUACAACAAUGUUCUUAACGGUGCUAGUGCCAGGACCACAGAAUCCUAAGGCAAAACUUGAUGUUUUCUUACAACCCCUUAUUGCAGAGUUGAAACAUUUGUGGGAUGUUGGUGUCCAUGCAUAUGAUAUCUCAUUGAAACAAAAUUUUCAACUGAGAGCGGCUUUGAUGUGGACCAUUAGUGAUUUUCCUGCAUAUUCAAUGCUCUCGGGGUAUAGCAUGGCAGGAAAGCUGGCAUGUCCUUAUUGCACGAUUCACUCGGAAGCAUUUUACCUGUCAAAGAGUCGAAAGAUUUCAUGGUUUGACAACCAUCGAAAAUUCUUGCAUCGAGAUCAUCUGUAUCGACGGAAUAGGUAUGGAUUUCGCAAAAAUACUUUGGUAAAAAAAACACCACCUCCUAUACUGUCUGGACCUGAGAUACUUGUUUCCUUGGACGAGUUGGGUUUAGUGAAGGCGACAGAACCCAAUGCUGCACAGACUAAUGCGGAUAACAGUCAUGGUAGUGGUUGGAAGAGUAAGAGCAUUUUUUGGGAUUUGCCUUAUUGGAAAACUCAACUUAUUCGACACAACUUGGAUGUUAUGCAUAUAGAGAAAAACGUGUUCGAAAAUGUGUUCAAUACAGUGAUGAAUGUACCGGGCAAAACUAAGGACACGGUGAAGUCGAGAGAAGAGUUGAAUCAAUAUUGUCGCCGCAUUACUCAAUCAACUUUUACUCUGAACAAGAAAGAAAAAGCUGUCCUGUGUGCAUGGGUAAAAAAUCUGAAAUUUCCUGAUGGGUAUGUGUCGAACAUGGCUAGAUGUGUUGACACAAAGAAGCUUAAGUUGUUUGGCAUGAAAAGCCACGACUGUCAUGUGUUCAUGCAAAGGUUGGUGCCCGUUGCAUUUCGGGAAUUACUACCGCAAAAAGUAUGGGAGGCAUUGACUGAGUUGAGUCUUUUCUUCAAAGAUUUAACAUCGACCACUAUUAAAAGUGAGCACAUGAUGAAAUUAGAGAACGACAUCCCCAUCACUUUGUGUAAGUUGGAGCUCAUAUUUCCUCCAAGCUUCUUUGACUCUAUGGAGCAUCUUCUAGUCCAUUUGGCUUAUGAAGCAAGGAUAGCAGGUCCAGUUCAAUAUCGAUGGAUGUAUCCGUUUGAAAGAUACCUUGGAAAGUUGAAGAAAACAGUUAGAAAUAAAGCUCGAGUGGAAGGCUCUAUUUCUAAUUCAUACGUUGUGGAAGAAGCGUCAUUGUUGUGUUCUCAUUACUUUGAGGACCAUGUUGUUACAAGGCAUACACGAGUGCCGCGCAACGAUGCUGGUGUUGUAAAUGAAGGGGAUGACCAGGAGGGGAAGUUAUAA